AUGAACCCUACGCCAUUUUCUAAAGUUGCAGUUCUUGGAGUUUGCACCACACCAGACGUUUCGUCUGUUCCUAUCUGUGAGGAAGGGACGUGUGAUUGGACGACGUACCCUCAGACGUCACAGCCUCCUUUUGAUGGUAAUGGUGGAUCGUGUGAGAGACACCCACUCCUCAUGCAGUUCUUCGGCAAGGUUUACCAUACUGAUGUCUUGACAGAAGAAUUUACACCCGUUCAUAAUGGUCAUUGGUGGUCAUCAGUCUGCCAGGAUGUGGACGACCCUUUACUUCACCAGUGCCCACGCAGCUCCUCCGAAUACUCUCACCAUGACUCUAGUGAUUACUCCCACCAUGACUCUAGAGAUUACUCCCACCAUGACUCCAGCGAUUACUCCCACCAUGACUCUAGAGAUUACUCCCACCAUGACUCUAGAGAUUACUCCCACCAAGACUCCAGUGAAUACUCCCACCAAGACUCCAGUGAAUACUCCCACCAUGCCUCUAGAGAUUACUCUCACCAUGACUCUAGUGAUUACUCCCACCAUGACUCUAGAGAUUACUCCCACCAAGACUCCAGCGAAUACUCCCACCAUGACUCCAGCGAAUACUCCCACCAUGACUCCAGCGAAUACUCCCACCAUGACUCCAGCGAAUACUCCCACCAUGACUCCCUGUUUGACACCAACGCCCUGUUUUACACCCACAUCCUCGAAUACUCUCACCAUGACUCCAGCGAUUACUCCCACCAUGCCUCUAGAGAUUACUCCCACCAUGCCUCUAGAGAUUACUCCCACCAUGCCUCUAGAGAUUACUCCCACCAUGACUCCAGCGAAUACUCCCACCAUGACUCUAGAGAUUACUCCCACCAUGCCUCUAGAGAUUACUCCCACCAUGCCUCUAGAGAUUACUCCCACCAUGACUCUAGAGAUUACUCCCACCAUGACUCUAGAGAUUACUCCCACCAAGACUCCAGCGAAUACUCCCACCAUGACUCUAGUGAUAACUCCCACCAUGACUCCAGCGAAUACUCUCACCAUGCCUCUAGUGAUUACUCCCACCAAGACUCCAGCGAAUACUCCCACCAUGCCUCUAGAGAUUACUCCCACCAUGCCUCUAGUGAUUACUCCCACCAUGCCUCUAGAGAUUACUCCCACCAUGCCUCUAGAGAUUACUCCCACCAUGACUCCAGAGAUUACUCCCACCAUGACUCUAGAGAUUACUCCCAACAUGACUCUAGAGAUUACUCCCACCAUGACUCCAGCGAAUACUCCCACCACGACUCUAGUGAUUACUCCCACCAUGACUCCAGCGAAUACUCCCACCAUGACUCCAGCGAAUACUCCCACCAAUACUCCCACCAUGACUCUAGUGAUUACUCCCACCAUGACUCUAGUGAUAACUCCGACCAUGACUCUAGAGAUUACUCCCACCAUGACUCUAGUGAUUACUCCCACCAUGACUCCAGCGAAUACUCCCACUAUGACUCUAGUGAUUACUCCCACCAUGACUCCAGCUAA